AUGUCUGCGACUGUUGUCUGUCGGAGGAUGCGGGCUGGGGAUUUGGAUGUUGUGGCGGAGAGGUGGUAUUUGUGUGCUGGGGUGGCUUUGAAGGGGAUGGUGUUGAAUUGGCUUUCGGGGAAGGAGGUGGUUUAUGAGGAUUUCAACUAUUAG